GACAGCAUCGUUAUGUCAAGAGAAGGAAGACGCCUGUAAAAUGUGUGAUUUAUUUUGAAAUUUUGCCGGUUUCAAUUAACUUUCUAUUUGGAUACAUCAUCAUGAAAAAUAUAUCGGUUAAGUCGGUUGUGAAUUAAAAAGGUACAUAAAUAAUCAUUAUUUUAUUGUAAACAGAAGAAAUAUAUCAGAAUGGAAGUUGAAGAGAAUGUAGAUGAUCCGAUGGAAAUCGAAGACUCAAUCCAUGAAGCACAAAUCAUUGAAAAAUCAAAUGAAAAUCGAAUUGGCAAUGAGAACGCUUUAGAUGUAGUUGUCUUAGAUGAUGAUGAUGAUAGUAGUGAUAGAGCAGCUAACAAAAAAUCCAAUGGUGUUAUCGAAGCUGUAAUAAAUCUCGUUUCGGAUAAAAUCAGCGGAGAUUGUAUCAAUUAUUCUUGUAAAAGUGGAAAAGAACUCAUGGAUGCACCAUCUUUUUGUUUGUCCUAUUAUAGAGUAAAGAGCUCCAAUAAAAUUAAUAAAAGAGUUUGUAUUGAUUGUUAUAAAAUUGCCGUUAAGAUGUAUGACAGCUUGGUAACAGAAUUAAAAGCUGGUAAAUUAUUGUUUGAUGUUGACGUACCAAUAUUGAAUGAUAUGGUAGAAAUUGAAGAUUCUGAUGAAGAAGAAUCAGCAGAAAAAAAGACUGAAAGCUUUUUAGAUAAUGAUAAUUUUGAAUUCAUUAAAAACAAUAUUGAUGAUGUAUUACAUAAUGUUAUGGCCAAAUUCAAGCUAAAAGAUCGGGUUAAAAAGGAAGAAGAGUCACUGAAACAGAGAUUUGCAAAAACGCAAGAUGAGUGUAAGAAAUUAAGAGAAAAUUUGGAUGCUAUGAGAAAAGAAGUGGAUAAAAUACAAAUAGAUUUCUACAAUGAUUUUAGGCCUGAAGUGAAAGAUGCUCCUUUAUCUACUAUCAUCAUUGAUGAUUAUAUGCUUUCUCCUGAAACCAUUUCUAAGCAAUCUUCUCACAACACACCGCAUCCAACGUUAGAACCCUCAAGGAAGAGUAGUCGAAGAGUCAAACCAGUUUCUUAUAUGGAAAUCGAGGAUAUUGCUAAUUCUAACAGCCCCAAACCUAUAACAGCACCUUCUAGCACAAAUAAAGAGCCAGAUGUUAUUCAAAUUACUGAAGAACCAUCUGAUUUGCCCCCAUUAGGCAUUGCUAGUAGACCAUCUCUGGAAUUAGGUGAAAUAUAUUACAUAUCUCGUGAGGGCAAUGCCUCAGGUAGUUGGGUUAAAGCGAGACUGAGUAGUAUGCUUAUGCCUGGAGCUAUGCAUGAUGGACAGAAAUGCAUGACUACCCUGUAUAAGCUAACUGAACUCAAACAGCAACGAGAAAGGAUAAUUGUGGGAAAAAAUCUUGCCUAUUUCAAUGCCUGUAAAACAAGGUUGAGAGUGGGAGAACGUGUUAUAGCUGUGUUCAAGGAAACCAAUGAGGCAAAGAAAAGAUCUAAUCCCUAUUAUCCAGGAGUAGUGGCUGAACCACCCUAUGAAGCCAAUAAAUACCGUUACCUUAUAUUCUUCGACAUAGGUUACUCCCAGUAUGUACCAUAUAAUAUGGUCAACUUGGUGUAUGAGGUUAGCAAGAAAGUAUGGGAGGACAUGCCGCCUGAUUGUAGACAGUUCAUCAAGAAGCACAUAGAGAGCCAAGAUUGGCCAAUGGUAAAACUGAAGAAAGACCAGAGCAUCAUAACUGAGUACAAUGGUAAAUGGACACUUUGUACUGUAAUAAAUGUGGACUGUUCUCUGGUUCAAGUAUAUUUCGAUGAAUUGAAUCGUUUCGAAUGGAUAUAUAGAGGUUCUAGAAGAAUUAAAGAAAUAUACAGGGAAGAAUUAGCAGCACAAAAUAGAACGUUAGGUCAAAGAGCUUCCAGGAAGGGUCAAAUCGAAUCGAAGAAUAUUGUACAAUACACGCCAAAUGUAAAUUUCACCCAAAAGCAAAACUCCGAAAUGGUUGAGGAAGAACAGGCAGCAAGUACCGAGGAAACCACUCUAGAGGAAGAACAAAACCAACCAAGUGUGAGGGCUGUAGCAAGAAAAAGUACUGCCAAACCGCAAGGCCACACAUCACCUGCUGUGGUACCUUUCCUUCCACCAGUCAAUACUACCACUUUCAAUGCUACUGGACCUACAAGUAAAAUUAUGUACUUCACACCUAGAGAUCAGCAUACAAUGAAACGACCAUAUAGAUCCCAUUCUUGUUCACCGAAAUGCAAGGACUUCUUAACACACAAUUUCAGCAAAUUGCGAGGCCAAAACCCACUUUCCAAGCCUCUGUUAUGCGGCUGGGCCAGAAUGACGAUCAAAGUUCGGGGCCGUAAAGAUAUCGCUUAUAAGGCACCUUGUGGAAGGUUGCUACGAAACAUUGCUGAGAUCCAUUACUAUCUGUCCAUAACAAAAAGUGAAAUGACAGUUGAUCUUUUUGAUUUCAACCAUAUGGUGAGGUGCCUCGCAGAAUUCAGCGUCGAUUGUGAACCAGAUCCAAAAGAUUUAUCUAAGGGUCUGGAACAAGUCACCAUCCCUGUUAUAAAUGGUAUUAACAACGAAAUGUUGGACUUCUGCAAUUAUUCAACUAAGCGUGUUCCUAUGGAAGGGGUAAAAAUGAACUUGGAUCCAAACUUUUUGGUCUGUUGUGACUGUGAUGAUGAUUGUAUUGAUAAAACGAAAUGUCCUUGUUGGAAGCUGACGUUAGAAGGGGCCAGCUUUUUCGAUAAUACUAUCGAUCCUAACUCUGUUGGUUACAUCUACAGGAGGCUACAAGAUCAAGUGGUCACAGGAAUUUACGAGUGCAACUCAAGGUGCAAGUGCAAUAACACAUGCUUGAAUCGUGUGGCUCAACAUCCAAUGUCGUUAAAACUGCAAGUAUUCAGAACUCAUAAUAGAGGUUGGGGAAUUAGGUGUCUCAAUGAUGUUCCACAAGGAGCUUUUAUCUGUGUGUAUGCGGGUACUAUUCACACCGACCAGAUGGCCAACGAGGAUGGUAAAACAUAUGGUGAUGAAUAUUUCGCGGAAUUAGACUACAUUGAAUCAGUAGAAAAGUUCAAGGAAGACUAUGAAAAAGAGGUGAACUUUGAUGAGGUGGAUAGGAUUAGUGAAAAAGGACCACCUUCUCCAUCUGAAGACAUGGAAGUAGAUGAGGUUUCAUCUAGACAGACGAUAGGUAGAAGGCUUCGUUAUCAAGAUGACAAUGAAUUCAUACCUCCAGUCAAUUUGACACCUGCCCAGAUGGAAUCACGCAUACAAACUAGGCUUCGGAAGAGGAAGCCUCAUGAAAUAGAUUCAGAUAGUAAAGAUAACGAAAUUGAGAAAGAACCUAAAAAAUUCACUGCAAUUAGAACCCCAAUGAUAUCCCCUUUGCAAGUCAAAGUAGAAGCUAUGGAAACGAAUAUUGCUGAACGGUUAAAAAAUAUUGUAUCCAAGAUUGAUACCGUUACAAUAAGUGAUGAUGAAGAUGAAGUCAGAGAGGUGCUCAGUUUCAACCCCAAAAACGAGACAGAUCUGGAUGAAAAGUCGAAAUAUCUAUCAGUUAGAGAGCUCUAUGGUGUCGAUGAAAGUAUCUACAUAAUGGAUGCCAAAAAUGCUGGAAAUAUUGGAAGGUUUCUCAAUCAUUCCUGUGCCCCAAAUGUAUUUGUCCAAAAUGUCUUUGUAGACACCCAUGACCCAAGGUUUCCUUGGGUAGCUUUCUUCUCCUCACAGUUUAUUAGGGCUGGUACAGAAUUGACAUGGAACUACAGUUACGAUGUGGGAAGUGUUCCUGGUAAAAUAUUGUAUUGUCAUUGUGCUGCACUAGAAUGUAAAGGACGUUUAUUAUAAUUUCAUGAAAUACGGUUCCAGAGACAUAUCUUGAAAAACUUUGUCUUCGAAUGGAGGGUUCUAUGUUGUGUUUGUGAAACAUCGGAAUAUUUAUUUUGUCUUUGACAAUUUGAGAUUUUUAUCCACAUUCCUGAGUCCUAAGGAUUUGUUGUAAAGAUGAUUCUCGUUUAUGAUCUUAAUGAAAGAAUAAAGUGAUUUUAACGAA